AACCUCUAUCAUUUCAAUAAAAUUUCAGAUAUUCUCCUCUAACUUCAGAUAAUACUUUCUCUCUUUUCUUCUUUCUUAAUGUGCAAUUGAGAAUGAGAAGGAUCUUGCUCCCCCACCGCCAAAGAAAUUGAAAGGUGAAGAAGACAAAAGUUCCAUUCCAAUGUCACAAGAUCGUAACCAUAGCUCAGCCCAAACACACAGACCCACCAACAACAACAACAACUCCUCCUCCGCCUUCCUUCUAAGAAAGCUUCGAGACAACCUCGCUGGUAUCUUCUUCUUCCUCUUCGCCGCUGGAUUCUUGUCCGUGUAUGGAUUUUGUGUGGUCACCGUCGCUGCUUCCUCUUGGUUGUACCGUUACUUUAGAGACGACACAGAAGCCAGAGAAGCUUUCAAACUCUGGUGCCGAGUGUUUCGACGAAAAUAUCUUUCCAGUAGAGAGGAAGAGCUGAGGUUCAAGUAUUUCAAGGAUUCUCUUGUUAGGGAGGUCGAUUCUGACAAUCUUCUGCAAUAUGCUGAUCGAAGUGAGCAAGAAUUCAAUGACCUGGGUGACACUAUUUAUUGUUCUAUGCCCCUUGAAAAACUCGUUACUAUUUUGAGAGAAGUUGAGCUGCGAUUGAUUUUGAGUUGCGGGACAAGACAAGACGCCUUUUCUGACCCUACCAACCAAGUAUAGAACAAAAGGAAUAAAGACCUAUUGUGGUAAUUCUCUAGUUCUUCCUAGCUAGUCAUUGAACAAGUUAGUAUUUCACAUGUUGUGAGACCAUCUAUGUACCUUUUACUUUGUUGGUUAGAAUCAUCCUGUUGUGUGUGUGGAAUGUGAUCUUGGCAAAUUUGAUUGAUAUUUUUCCUGGAAAAGUGCCUUUUAUAAUUAACUUACCAAUUGUUGGUAGAAUUGGCAAACAAUGAUAAGAAAUCAUUUUAUUAGAUUUGAGUGUGAUUUUGUUUUAUCAUAUAUAACAACUAGCACACAUUGGCUGUGUUUAUAGUGCUGUACAUGCGAGUGGGACGAGGAUCAAUUUGACAGACAUACGGCUGUUCAUGUAAAACCCGGUGCACUGAAAUGUACAGCUAAUUAGGUUUUACAAGUUUUUUUAAUGUAGUUUUCAGGCUUUUUCUAACAUGCAUAAGUAAGUUAGGUCUUGUAUGAUGCACAAAUUUUUUUUACCAAUGGAUUAAAGAGAUAUCUGCACAGAAUCAAGAUCCUGAUAGAUUCUCUGGAUUUUGCGGGAAGGUCCGUGAACCUGCAAGAACAUGUCAAUGUGAUAUUGGGGAGAUUACCGAAGGAAUACGAUGCUGCUGUGGCAUUAAUCAACAGUGAAUUACUGAGUGCUGCUCCUUUUUCGGUUGAUGAUGUUGAGUAUGUCCUAUUGGCUAAAGAAGUUUGGAUUGAGAAAAAGAACAAGGUGCAAACAACAAAGAAUCGGAUGAAUCUAAUCGUCAGAGUCAAUUGAGUCUCAAUGGAAAUAUCAUCUCAGGACAGCAGCCAAUACCGCAGCUCCCUUCAGCGAACUCGUUUUUGCAGCAAUAUCUAUCAAAUGUUGCUGCUUCUGCUUCUGCUGCUACGCGUAAUAGUCUAUAUUCGCCUCCGGUAUGGACUUCACCACAGACUCUUUCUGGUUACCAUGCUGCUCUGAUGAAUAUGAUGCCUCCAAUGACAAUGUUGCCUCAUUCGCCUCAUCCUCAACCUCAGUCACCACAAUAUCCUCUUCCUCCAAGCUAUUCAUCUGCUUUGCCUAUUCCCAAUCAAACUACUGAACUCGGUCUCUAUGACCGCUGCCUGGUGCCGCAAUGAUCAAUUCUGCUCAAUGUGAACAAUAAAUAGGUUCACUAGUUGUUAAAGCAAAAAGAAAGAAUAUUAAAUGGCUUUGUUUUUUUAGGCAAAUUAAAGUAUAUG